AUCCAAAGAGAGUACAACCACUGCAUAUUUUUAUCUUUGCACUACGUUAAUCAGAGCUGUCCGUAAUGGUAUUUUUGACAAAAGUACAUAAUUAAAAGUCAAUAAUUUUAGACAUAUUUUCAAAGAGCAUUACAAUAUUACGGAAACUUAUUUUGUUCGUUACUUCGAAGAGAAAACAAAUAUGAAAAUGUUUAUGAAAAUAAAUAAAGCUUUUAAUCGAAGCAUUCAAAUAGUUAAUCCUUUGUAUUAUACAAAGCAGGGGGUUUCACACGGACAGUCAAACAUAUUGUUGCAAAGUGACAGAUGUAAUAAGUCAUCGAAAACACCUCCAAAGGCAAAAAUUUCACCACUCAAAAGGGAUCAAGAGUCUUCGUCCAGUCUAGUAAAGAAAUAUAAAGAACAGCAUCCAAAGCCGAAGAGCUACGCCAAGAUAGUCCCGCUGAAGAGGCCCCCGGCGCAGAAAUGCUCGCACCGCGUAGUGCCAGCUCUGGAGAAGAAACCAUGGCCAAUGGCGACAGCCACAUGCGACAAUAUCACUAUACAGAAGUCUACCUUUUGUACAUCAUCAACGCAAAGCAAUAAGAAAGACACAUCUUGCCCGAUGAAGAAAGGUGGCAAGGAGCCGGCUAAAGAAGGCGGUACAGACGCUAAGAAAGGAGCUGCAAAGGAAAGCGCCGGCGCUGGGAAAGGUCCCCCGGGCAAGGUUGCUAAGCCCACGGCCGGAGUAAAAGGCAGAAUUAUUGCAGUGAUCGGAGCUGUGGUGGAUGUGCAAUUCGACGCACACUUGCCCUCUAUACUGAACGCUCUCGUGGUGCCUGGACGCGAGCCGAAGUUGAUCCUAGAAGUGGCGCAGCACCUGGGCGAGAACACGUGCCGCACCAUCGCCAUGGACGGCACCGAGGGGCUGGUGCGCGGCCAGCCCGUCGUGGACACGUGCGCGCCCAUCACCAUCCCCGUGGGCCAGGCCACGCUCGGCCGCAUCAUCAACGUCAUCGGGGAACCCAUCGAUGAACGCGGCCCCAUCAAAACAGACACAUACGCGGCGAUCCACGCGGAAGCGCCCACCUUCGUCGAGAUGUCGGUGGACCAGGAGAUCCUCGCCACGGGCAUUAAAGUCGUCGACCUGCUCGCCCCAUACGUCAAAGGCAGCAAGAUCGGCUUGUUCGGCGGCGCUGGGGUGGGCAAGACUGUGCUCAUCAUGGAGCUCAUCAACAACGUCGCGAAGGCGCACGGAGGCUUCUCCGUGUUCGCCGGCGUCGGCGAGCGCACGCGUGAAGGCAACGACUUGUAUUAUGAAAUGAAAGUGGGCGGCGUCAUCACUGACGACCCUAAAACUUCUAAGGUGUCGCUGGUGUACGGGCAGAUGAACGAGCCGCCCGGCGCGCGCGCCCGCGUAGCGCUCACCGGCCUCACCGUGGCCGAGCACUUCCGCGACCAGGAGGGGCAGGACGUGCUGCUCUUCAUCGACAACAUCUUCCGCUUCACGCAGGCCGGCUCGGAGGUGUCUGCCCUACUUGGACGCAUUCCGUCGGCGGUGGGCUACCAGCCAACGCUGGCUACAGACAUGGGCACCAUGCAAGAGAGGAUCACCACUACCAAAGCCGGCUCCAUCACCAGCGUGCAAGCGGUGUACGUGCCGGCGGACGACCUGACGGACCCGGCGCCGGCGACCACAUUCGCUCACCUGGACGCCACCACGGUGCUGUCGCGCGCCAUCGCCGAGCUGGGCAUCUACCCCGCCGUCGACCCGCUCGACUCCACCUCGCGCGUCAUGGACCCCUACAUCAUCGGCCCCGAGCAUUACGACGUGGCACGAGGAGUGCAGAAGAUACUACAGGAUUACAAGUCGCUGCAGGACAUAAUCGCGAUCCUGGGCAUGGACGAGCUGUCGGAGGACGACAAGCUGACCGUGUCGCGGGCGCGCAAGAUACAGCGCUUCCUCUCGCAGCCGUUUCAAGUGGCCGAGGUGUUCACGGGACACGCCGGCAAGCUGGUCAAGUUGGAAGAUACUGUUAAGGGAUUUAAAAAAAUUCUAGCCGGCGAGAUGGACAACUACCCGGAGUCUGCGUUCUACAUGGUGGGCACCAUCGAGGACGUGGUCGCCAAGGCGCAAGACCUCGCGAAGAGCAUAUAACAUAUUUAUUAAACGUGGAUUUAUUUUAA